GUAUUUGUAAAACAGAUUAGUUACCAUAGAUGUUAGCUCCAAGCAAUUAUUGGUUUGAAAAGGCUUCCCUUUUCACGGCUUCUCCUAUUACUUUUUGAGCUCUUUAUUUUUAGAAAACGACAUACUCGUUGAACGAGUCCAAUAUUUUGCAAAUUACCUAACAGUGUAUUGUAGUUUCAAAAGAAUUGCAUCUUCAAAAAUUGCUGCACGUUUCCACAUCCAAUGUGGCAACGAAGUCGAUGUACGUUGCAGUACCCAGAGCGGCAUACAUUUACGUAUAGAUUCUCUACUGCUCUGCAUGGCGUUCACAAGUUCUAUAGAAAGGGGAACUUCCUGGAACAAAAUUGAUGUUUUCAAAACAAAAGCGCGGGGUGAAAUGUGCAGCCAAUUUCAAGGUGUACAUUGCACAUUCUAUCUUUUAUUUUGAAAUUAAAUUUGAGCACAACCUCUGCGUGACUAGAUGUGAUCCUUACAAAAUGCAUGACUUAUCGUUUCCACCGGCCGGUCACGGUCGCAUCCUAUUAUGAAAACAAGUUUUACCUUUAGCGUCAAACCAAACAGUCAGUUUAUUUCUCAGGUCGUGAAUAUUACAAUUAAUUACCGGACAAUAAAUUAUAAUCAUCAGAGCAGCGAUAGAAGCCGCCGGUGAGUCGACCAUGAGUGACGAGAAAACGAGAGCUUUGUUAACCUCAGAUGUUCAAGUGACCUCCGGAGAGACAGAUGUAGCGAGACCGACAUGGAGCGGGCGACUGGAGUUCAUUCUGGCCACAGUGGGUUACGCGGUCGGGCUUGGCAAUGUCUGGAGGUUCCCCUACCUGUGCUACAGCAGCGGCGGAGGAGCUUUUUUGAUCCCCUAUUUCAUCAUGUUAUUCUUGUGUGGCAUCCCUCUGCUUCUCAUGGAGUUUGUUAUUGGCCAGUUCACUCAUCUCGGGCCAGUGCACGCCCUAGCUAAAGUCUGUCCUCUCUUAAAAGGUGUUGGCCUUGCCACAGUAGUCAUAUCCUACAUCUUCUGCACCUACUACAAUGUGCUCAUGAGCUGGGCCCUUUUCUAUUUGUUCCACUCCUUUGGAGCACCACCUCCCUGGAGGACUUGCAACAACAGCUGGAAUGUCUUUGAGAACUGUUCCAGUGGAUUUCCCGGCAAUGCCACUGAUCUGCAGUCAGCGAGCCAACAGUUCUUUGAUCAUCGGCUUCUGGAGAAAACCAGCGGCAUUGAAAAUGUUGGUGGUCUUCAGUGGGAACUCUUCGGGUAUCUCCUACUUGCCUGGAUAAUUGUCUAUUUAUGCAUCUUUAAAGGAGUCAAGUCAACUGGCAAGGUUGUUUAUUUCACAGCUUCGUUUCCGUACUUCAUCUUGUUUGCCCUGCUCAUUAACAAUAUGCAGCUACCUGGUGCCAAGGAGGGUGUCCAGUACUUUGUGACUCCUGUCUGGCGAAAACUUUUUGAAGUGAAGGUUUGGGUUAACGCAGCAGUCCAAGUAUUCAAUUCACUGGGAAUUGCUUUUGGUUCAAUGAUUUCCCUGGCAAGUUACAACAAGUUCAACAACAACAUUGUCAGAGAUGCUUUGAUUGUAUCGUUCAUCAACUCAUUCACAAGCAUUCUGGCUGGCUUUGUGAUCUUCUCAGCUAUUGGCUACAUGGCACACAUACAUAAUCUCCCUGUGGACAACAUAUCAACAGAUGGUCCUGGUCUAGUGUUUGUCGUUUACCCUGAAGCCCUCUCCACUAUGCCCGCCUUUCAGCUGUGGGCUCCUCUCUUCUUCUUCAUGCUGCUCUGUCUUGGUCUGGACAGUCAGUUUGCCACAGUUGAGGUGGCUUUGACAUUCAUCAAAGAUGAAUUUAGAGCCCAAAUUCUGCAAGUUUUCAAGAGGGAAGAGCUGCUAGCCCUGGUCAUCUGUGUUGUCAGUUUUCUUCUUGGACUUCCACACGUUACUCAGGGAGGUAUUUAUGUAUUUCAACUGAUGGACCACUACACUGCUGUGGUGUCCCUCAUGUUCUUGGCUUUCUUUGAGGUUAUAGCAGUCUGCUGUUUUUUUGGGGGCCACCGCAUCUCAUAUAUGAUGGAGAAGAUGCUAGGAAAGUCUGCGAACAUCUACUUUCGCAUUUGCUGGAUGUUUAUCUGUCCUCUGCUGGUGCUGUGCAUCCUGGUCUCCAGUAUCAUCCAGUACGUUCCUGUUCAAUAUGGGACGUACCGUUACCCAUUGUGGGCUGACUGGGUGGGUUGGUGCGUCUCACUGCUCUCUCUGAUAUGGAUUCCCAUUGGAGCCAUUCACGAGAUCUGUAACAACAAAGGCUCUUUUCUCUCGAGAUUGAAAACAGCUCUAACUACCACAGUCGAGCUGGAUGUUGAGGAUUCUCUGCCUGAAAAACAAAACCUUGGCAACCCAGUGGGUGAAACAUCAGUAGACCUUCUCAACACAACACUUUGAUAUAGUAGGUUUUAUAGAACAAAAACGUAACUGAUCCAGCAUUUUAUUUGAACUGUGCAUAAAAUACAUUGUUUUAUUGCAAUCAUUAUCCAAGAAAUCAUUAGGGAUCAAGUUUUUAACUCCACGCAUAUUCUGAAAUGUAUAAUGCAAUACAAAAACCAAAUAAUCAAAUAACCUAAAUAUCCCUGUCGUGUAUCAAACACAGUAGGAAUGUGUUCAAAUUAUAUGCAGGAGGCUGUGGCCA